AUGGUGCGUAAAUUAGAGAAGGAUAGGAUAAGGAGAGCGAAGAAGACCUUGUCUCGCUCCUCCAUAGACAGUCAAGGAAUAGAUAGUUUCUUCUAUCCCUCGAUAAUCCUAUUGGAUCCUCCUCCUGUUGUAUCAUUACCAAAUCCAGUUUCAGAAACAGUUCGGCGGGCAUCCGCCAUUUCUCUGUUCACCUGGGCGCGGGACCGCGGUGGUGGGUUUGAUGCCCCCCAUGCCGCCUACGUGUCUACUAGUGCAGAGGGCAGCGGCGUGGGGAAACCAACAGAGCCCCCUGUGGCCGACAGUCGUUCCAAACCUGUGUCGGGUACUGAAGUGGUGUCUGCAGCUCAGUCUGGAUGCGUCCACCUGAGUUUUGAAUUCCAGUUGGCGGAACAAACAACAGUCGUGUGGGAAACUGUUGUUGUAGGGCGUCGCCUCUACCUUAACAUCCUGCAUCUGCCCGAGGGCAGCAAGGAGGCAUUUGUCUCUCUUUUGGAGUACGCCGAAGAAGUCUUGGGAUGCUCCCAUGUUCUCAUUUGCUUCAAGAAGGAUCGAAGCGACCGGGCCGUGCUCAUCCGCACCUUCAUGUUCCUCGGGUUCGAAGUCAUCCCACCAGGCCACCCAAUGGCUCCCGCCAACAAUGAUCACAUCUACAUGCUGUACGAGAUAGACUAGUACCCCACACAGGUCGAUGGUUCUGUAUGACGCUCAGGUUGAAGCAGUUGUGGGCAUGUCAUUUCCUCAGUAGUUCAUUUUUCUUUUUUAUUCAACUGGUCAUGUGAGAUAUUAUAUAAGUAAGGAAUUAAACAAGGAUUUAUUUUAGAUUUCCUUCUGGCGAUGAUUGUCCGCAGCUCCUUUGCCCCGCAGCUUUUGUCAUCCGUUUCCCAAGUUCAUGUUAUUGUGGAGUGUUGACGGCAGGGGGCUUCGUGGCAGGUGCAAGAUCAGAGGCCGCUGUUUCUUGUUUGCCGCCAAGUACUUUUUCUCCUCCAGAGCCUUGUACGGUGUUGCGAUUGAUUCUGACACUAGUGCAACAUUCCCUCGUUUGUGUAUUAAUGGCUCUUGUGAUUUUUAACCCAGUUGUGAUGGGACUCAUUACUGAUUGAAAAUAUGUACUGUCAAGAUAAGAACUAUAUUUGUGGUGGCACAUGUAGGGUUGAAGUGAAACACUUAUUAUUUUCUUGUGAUCUGUGCUGGUCUUGACAGUGUAUAACACAGCAACCUUUUACCAAUUGAUCACCUAAUUUUAAGAGUUCACACAUUUUUUAACGAAAGCUGGGAGAAGAGGGUUUGAUAUAUACGUAGUUUAAGUAAUUGGGCCAAGUUUUUAUUUUGUGAAUUGGGAGGUGACCCGUGGACCAAUAAUGUUCCUGUCGAGGGUCUGCGAAUGAAUAACAAAAUCAGUCCUACUUUUUUCUGUUGCCAAAGAAUCAUUUUGUUAAGAUUGCCACAGCAAUACAAAGUUUUUUAAUUUUAAGAACAGCGAGACUCUCGACAUGACUGUUGUCGUUCCACCGCGAAUUUCCACUCUCGUUCCGACACUGUUAGUCUUGGCGGUGCAGACAGUCCUAAUCUCUUCUUGGAUUGAGUUCCCCUCUGGAGUACUCCACAGUAACCAAUGGUGUCUGCAACUAGGAAGACACGUAUAUCUUAAUUAUAAAGAAAAAAAAUGUAAAAAAAAAAGUGGAAAACAAUAAAAUGUUUAAAAAAAAAUAAAGGUUGAUUCUUCAUUCCAAUGUACUAUGUUCUUUUUUUUUUUUUUUUUUUUCUAAACCCCGCUUAGUUAGUCCCAGUACGCCUUCUUUUAAACUUCAGACGUUCUCUCAUUUCCUCUUGUGGUCUGUCAUUUGUAUUGAAGGGAUUCCUUUAGAUGUGCAGAGUUUGUUACGCACUGUUAGCCUUCUCCUCCGCAUUUUUCUCACCAUCAUUGGUUUUUUUUUUGUACCACAUUUUUUUUUUGUCAUAACUGUACUGGGAAACAAUGAUUGGUGAAUCCUAUGUUCAUAUAUAUAUAUACAUAUAUAAAUAUAUAUUCAAAUAAAUCACACCAUAAAAUUAA